AUGACAGCGGUACUGAAAGACAACCUGUUUCACGAUAUAGAUGUUGUUGAUGAACCGUUUAUUACUUAUCUUUUAAGCACCAAGCUUUCAGAGAACUUAAAUAUACUGAGGACUACUGCGAUAAGCAGGCAGAUAAAUGCUGCUAACGAACAACAGAAUGACGAUACCAUCAAAGAUUUUCAAGAUGAGUUUCCAUCUAUUGCUUUCGAUUCUCUGCAGAGACAACGCAAGGUACUCAAAGUAAUGGAGGAUCAAUAUAACCAGUAUCAAGAAAGCACAAAGACUAAUAGGUAUACCUUUGACUUUGACUCGCCACAUAUUGAUGAAACUGAACCGAACGCAGUUGUGCAGGGACAAGACAAAGCUUUGGACGUGGACACUAGCGUCGCUGAGUUGAGGAAGCGUUUACUGGGGCACAGGGCAGAUGAAAGCAACGGUUUAGAGUCUGAGAAAUCAUCUGAAAGACAAAUCGAAGACCAGGAUAACCUACAAAAUAGUCUUAUUGAGGAUAUGACAAAACUGGUGGGCAGUUUGAAGCAAGGUGCAACAGCUUUCCAAAAUGCGUUAAAUGAGGAUAAAGCGGUCCUGAGCGCUGCUGAAAUAGGCGUUCAAGUGGCUUCCACAAGUUUGACAGAUAUUAGUGGAAAGCUGAAAAAGUACGAUAAGAAGAAAUUAGGUUACAUCUUUUACAUCACGGUAUUCAUUUCCAUGCUGGUUGGUCUCUUGGUGACAUUUAUAAUAAUUCAAUUGUUCCCAGCCUUAUGA